AUGCAGCUCACGAACUUGGCCUCCCGCUGCGACGAGCUAGCCAACCCCAGUCUCGCGAACUUCGGCGUCUCCAUCUUCAUACUCGUCGGCAUUCUCGUCUCCUACCUCCCACAACACUACCGCAUCAUCGCCCGCCGCUCCUCCGAGGGCCUCUCUCCCUACUUCGUCCUACUAGGCACCACAUCCGGCACCUGUGCCAUCGCAAACAUCCUGAUUCUGCCCACCAGCCGCACAGAUGUGGGAUGCUGCCGCGAGAUCAGCCCGUUCGCGUGCGGGGCAGCGCUGCUGGGUAUUGCGCAGGUGGGCGUGCAGUGGAGCUGCUUCUUCCUGAUAAUGCUCCUCUUCCUCGUCUUCUUCCCCAGACCCUCGGCCGCAGAUUCCGAAAAUGACCCAAAGGGACCAACCUACCGCUCCGCCCUCAUAGUCGUCGGCGUCAGCAUACUGCACUUCCUCGUCGUGUUCCUAGUCUCCAUCACCCUCCUCGCGCGCUUCCCCGAAAUGCUGCAGCUCUGGGCCAACGUCCUCGGCAUCUCCGCCUCCGUGCUAGCCAGCAUACAGUACCUGCCGCAGAUCUACACGACGUGGAAGCUGCAGGCUGUCAAGAGUUUGAGCAUUCCGAUGAUGUGCAUACAGACGCCGGGAAGCUUCGUCUUUGCGGCAAGCUUGGCGGUGAGGCUGGGGAGGGAGGGCUGGAGCGCUUGGACGGUGUAUUUGGUUACGGGGUGCCUGCAGGGGGUGUUGUUGGUUAUGGGGAUUAGCUUUGAGGUUAGGGAGUGGAGGAAGAGGAAAGCGGAUGCGGAGGGGAGGGAUGAGGUGCGGGGUGAGCGGGCGCCGCUGCUGGGGGAUGGCGAAGGAGCCAGGCAGAGGAGUCAUGACAGCGCGAACGGUGCUGGUGGCUAG